AUGCUGCUAGGUGAAUCAUCCUUACAAUAUCUCCUUUAUUUGCCAAAUAGAGAACCUCAUUUACGAACAUUUCUUCAUAAUAUUCAUCGGUUUUUACAAAAACAACAAUUAGAUUAUGCAAUAUUUGUUGUUGAACAAAUUGGGGAUUUUGCCUUUAAUAAAGGAAGACUGACAAAUAUUGGUGUUUUAGAGGCUUUGAGAGUUUAUCCAUUUGAUUGUAUUGUAUUUCACGAUGUUGAUACAUAUCCAGAGAAUGACAAUCUUUUAUAUAGAUGCUCAACAGAUCCGAAAUAUACUAGACAUUUGAGUGUUUAUCUUGAAAGGGGUGGAUAUAAGGAGUUAUAUUCGGAAUUUGUUGGCGGAGUUUUGGCACUAACAGUAGAUCAACUCAGAAAGAUUAAUGGAUAUUCAAACGAUUUUUGGGGGUGGGGUGGAGAAGAUGAUGAUUUAAAUACAAGAGUAAAAUUAGCGAAUAUGAGUUUUCAGAGAAAUAAAACUGAAAUUUCUCGUUUUAGAACAUUUAAACAUGGAACUGAUCAUGGAAAUGAUCCUCACCCUUGUCGAUUUAAACUUAUAGGCAUCACUAAACAAAAGUACCUAACAGAUGGAUUCAGCAAUUUAAAUUAUAGAGUGGAAUCUAUUAAUUAUGGAAAAUUAUAUACUCACAUAAAGGCUGAUGUUUUCGAAGAAGAAUAUAACAAAUGGAAAGAAUAUAUUAAAACUAUCGGGUGUUAA